CGCAAGAAGAAGAUUUGUUUUCACUGCGUGCGGACAACCUCGGAAGGACGUGUACCGUGGCCGUCGUCGUCGUCGUUGUCGUCCUUCACUUGUUUUUCCACUGUUAAACUCGUUUUUCCGUUCGCUCAGCACCGACACGACCGAGUGCGUGGCAAACACGGUCGUCGACGAUGCAAAGGUGCCAACAGUGAAAACAGUUCCGUUCCGUUCCGUGGCCAGAGAGAGUGUGCGUGUGUGCAAUCUGGUUCCAUUGUCCAUUGCGUUUGGUGUGUGAGCGCGGGUGUGGGGGCAUGGCAAGGGCAAACGGAAAGCCGUAAACGGGUCACAGAAAGGAAGUUACACGACGUUCUUGCCCGUAGUCGCUUACCAGCCAACUUGGUGUCCCACCUGUGUCCGUAACCAUGGCUAGCUGCCCGAGGUGCUAAUGUGAUGGCAUGAGUCAGUGCAUUACGCUGGUGUUGGGUUGCUCGAGGGGCUGGAAAAGUGAAAAAGUGUCAAUUGAAUAAAGGAAGUAAAUAGUUGGUGGCUCAGGCGGUGGAGUGGUUUGCAAGAGUCUCCUCCCCCAUCCGCAUCCCGUGUCAUGUGCAAUUCACGUACUGCACCAUCGUCCAACGCGAGUGUGUGAAAGAAGAGCGAAGGAAGAAGGGGGUACCAAGUGUUUCCGGAAGUGGCUCGAAAAGUGCGGAAAGAAAGGCAGACCGGCAACGGUGGAAAGAAAAGCGCAUUCAGUCGAACUACUGAAUCGAAGGUGAAACGAAUCCGAGAGAGUUCUUAAACCCCAGAGUGGUGCAUCAACAAUGGUGUCCAUUAUAAAGAAUCAACUGCUCAAACAUCUCUCCCGUUACACGAAGAAUUUAUCACCCGAUAAGGUGAACCUGAGCGCAUUCCGGGGCGAAGGUGAGCUCUCCAACCUGCAGCUGGACGAGAACGUGCUGACGGAGCUGCUGGAACUACCGGCCUGGCUGCGGCUGACGUCCGCCUGGUGCAAUCACGUCUCGUUUCGAAUAUCCUGGACCAAGCUGAAAAGCACACCGAUUGUACUGACACUAGACGAGGUAAACAUAACGAUAGAAACAUGCGAAAUCGCGCGCAGCGGCACACCGACGGCCGGUCUCUCGAGCAUGACCGUACCUCAGGGGAAAUACAGCUUUAUACACAAAAUCAUCGACGGUAUCACGAUCGCGGUCAACACGGUGAACGUGAACCUCAAGAGCCCCGCAUUUACCGCCUCGGUGCAGAUGUCCCGCAUACGGGUCGAAUCCCGCACGCCCAAAUGGCUGCUGGGCGAUCUGCGCGUUACAAGACUGAAAGAUCCGGCCCGCGGCAUGAUACUGAUCUUCAAGGAGCUGUCCUGGCAGACGGUGCGCAUCGAGGCGAGCAGCACCCAGGACCUUAGCCUCACGCCACUGCGGUUGCUCACGAACCAGGCCCGCUGCCGGAUCACGAUCAAAAAGCGCCUAUCGGACUGUAGCAUCGUUGCCAGCCGGCUCGUGCUCAUACUGGACGAUCUGCUGUGGGUGCUGACGGAUUCGCAGCUGAAGGCAGCCCUCCACUUUGUCGACUCGCUGACCGGGUUGAUCAAAGCGUCGACCAACGUGGUGCAGCGGGUAAAGGCCCAGAGAAAGCUGGAAACGCUGCCCGAGUAUCAGGCCCAGCUGGACCAAUCGAAGAAGGCGCCCGACGCGCAGCAGCUGUCCGCGGCCCAGCGCUACUUUAACCUGUACGACGUGCGGGAAACGUCGUACCACUUCUUCAGCCAGCGCAUCGAUCUGCACCUGUGCGACGAUGUGGGGGUGGGCCGCUCCAGCCACCCGAACCUGCAGGACGGUGGCGCGCUGCAGAUAUCGGUGCAGGGCUUCCAGAUCGAUUACUAUCCGUACCAUUUGGCGAAGGCCGACCGAUCCCACUGGGCAAAAUACCGCGAGGCAAGCAUACCGCCCGCACUGUGGCUCGAGCAAUCACUAAACUCCUUCAGGGAAGCCAUUCUAAACCUAAGUCAACCGAAUCGACCACCGCAGCAUGCAUCAUUGGAAAGAACAACCAACUACGGCCAGCAGCAAACGACACCCGCAUCGCCAGCCCUUGGACAACAGCGUGGUGGUGGGCUUAAUGGGCCCAAUCAAACGGCAGCUCCCUCCGUGCCCGGCACACCGAGCAGCGGUGUCAGCAAUCACAACAGUGCGGUUUCGCCGAUGAAAAAGCAUGUCCUGGACAAUCUGGCCAAGCUGAUGUGUGCCUGUGUGGUGAUGAAAAUCGAGGAGUUUACGCUGUACCGCGUGACGACGUCCGGGAACAAGCAGAUGCCAAAGGAGUUCGUUUCGGCACAAAACAAGCGGAAGAAAGCCGAUCGGGACCGAGUACCACCGGAUAUGGCCACAUUGCAUGCGGAAUUUACGUACUUCUACUAUCCCGGGGACUUUGUAUUUCCUUUGCCACCGUCGAAAGCGUUCGUUCACAUCAAUCCCGUACAAGUGCACUUCCACCUGGACAGUCUGCUCUGGCUCAGCUCGUUCGUGCUGAACCUACACGAAAGUCUCCUGCGCACGAACAACGUCACGAGCGGUCUCAACUCCCCGUCCACCCCGUCGAGCGGAGCGACGUCGGACGCGGAGCAGCAACCGAACAUAAUGUACAUGGACGUGAAGGUGGAGUGCAUUAUGCCGCGCUUAAUAUUCGAAGCGUCGCCCGGCGCACCGCAGCAGCGUGAUCGGCCCAAGGCAAUGCACGUGGAGGUGUCCCGGUUUGCGCUGACGAACAUUCGCGAGACGGGCUCGUCGCGGGCCGACCUAGCGCAGGCGAUAUCCUCCCUGCAGGAGGGUAGCCUCGUGUUCGGGUCGGGCUUUCCCUCAAAACCGGGCGAUCUGUGUAUCGUGACCGAUCGCAUACUGUCACACAUUGCGGCAACGGACGUGGCCGGCGGGCUGAACGGACCACCGAUGCUGAACGGGUCCGGUGCGGACGGGCUGCAGUCCGCGUUUAGCAAUCUGACGCGCUACGCAACGUGGCGCGAGCCGCGUGACGUGUGGUGCCUAAAGCUGGACCCGGUGUGGGUCGAGUUUUACGGCGCGCGUUCGAUCGGCCCGAGCCGUGCCAUUCCGUUCGUCGAUGCCGUGCCGGUAACGAUCUGGCUGCACGGGCGCUCGGACGAAAUGCCCGAGCUGAUGAUCGGCCCGGCGGAUACGGUCGCUGGCGGUGUUGAGCGGAACAGCGACGGCAGCAAGCGCAUUCACAAUAGCAAUAAUACCAUCUCGAACAAAUCGAGCGAAAGCAGUCUGAUACUGUCCGUGAGCAGUUUAAAACAAUCACUAGAUUUAGAGUCCACCCCGCUCGGGAGCGGUUACUGGAGUGGUGGUGUUGGUGGUGGUGCGACGUUGGAGGAUGAGAAGCGGAAACGAUUUUCCUCCGCGUCUGGGCAGGGCGGCGAGGCAAGGGCGCCGCCGCAGCUACCGCAAGCAUUCCCGUCGGUCGAGGCGGACAGUGAGACGGACAAUCGGACGGCCGAUCUGCACGUGAUCGCUCACGUUUCCAAUCUAGUUAGUGUUCAAAUCGAUCAUUAUCAGUAUCUGUUUUUGCUGCGGCUGGCAGAGGAGCUGACCGAGCUGGCCACCUUUCUGUCGCUUGAUUCGAAGCGAAUACUGCAAGCGGCAAAUACGGAAAAAUCGAUUAUCGUUGGCUGUGUGAUACCCCAGGUGGAAGUUUCGCUCGUCAUGCCUUCACAAACGCCCGGCAAAGAGUCGAGCGGUGGUGAUGGCGAGAGCGUGCUACCGGAUUCGGCCAGUUUAGGUUCCGGGUGGCCAAAUUCGAUGGACCAAACAAGAAAUUCUAACAUUUUUAGCAGUACCGAAUGUCCCUCCCCAAUCGCAACAGAACCACCGGUGGAAGUACAUCACAUUUCCAAUCCCAACACCCACGGACACAACGUACAGAUACAAAGCAUACCGACGACCUCUUCUACGUCGGGCGUAGCCUCGGUCGAGACGCCCUCCUCCUCGUCGGUCGUGGUAACCGCACGAACCGUCGGUACGACGAGCGUCACCACCCCUAUCCCCCAGCAGCCACAACACAUUCCGGUGCAGACGCAAUCGAAGGUGGGGCGCAACUCAACCACCGACUCGUCCUCGUUCUCGAAGGACCUCAACUCGGGGCUAAGCUCCAUGAAGAAGGGCUUCUCGCAUCUGAUGACGUCGAUCGAUUCGGCGCUGAAAACCAACACGUCCGACGACAUUAGCGAUACGCUGUCGGUGCAGUCGGAUUUGAGCUCCGACUCGGAGCUGCAGCGCGUGCUGGAGGACACGGAGAAGACGACGGACUGCAUGGACGCGAUGUUUAAGCUGUACCCGUUCGGGCAGGAGAGCACGAUCAAGAUGGCACCGAUCGAGGUGGCGAGCGAGGUGUGCGAGGAUCCAUUCCUCUCGAACAUGUCCUCUCCGUCCGACCCGUCCGAAAGCAUCAGUCUGAAGCGGCGCGACAUUGUGUCGAUGGUGACGUUCAGAUUAACCACGGUGGAGGUGAUACGCCAGAAUGUUGGCAAUGGUUCCUCGCUUCGAUUGCAAGUGUCGGCGAUAAGCUGUGAUGAAUGCGGUGCGAUACCGUGGGAUGAAUUUCAGGGUGGCCACCGCAACAGCAAGACCAAGUUCGGAACUAGAUGUAGAGCAUGGAACAUUGCACCGCAUAAUCCGGAAGCACCGCCUUGUGUUGCGAUUAGAUUAGAGGAAGAGCUCACCCUGCCGGCCGACUCGUGCAAAAUCACUGACAAGAAGACAAUCCUGAGCUGGUUCAAGCGGAAGCUAAACGUCGAGGUGAAGGAUAUCGAUCUGCAGCUCGCGAUGAGCACCGUCGUCGGGCUGGGCGAUCUGGCGGAGGAUGAGGUGAUACCGACGCCGAUACCGAUGGAGGUGACGGUGGAGAACGUGAAGAUCAAUCUGAUCGAGGAUCGGCCGCCGGUGAACAUAACCUCGCCCGGGACGCUGCCGGUAAACCUUGCCAUCGGCCGGGUGCUGCUGACACGGGACGAGGCGGGUGUGUUUUACGUGCAGCCCACGUUCGGCAGCAAGGCGGACGAUGCGGUGGACGGUGGUGGCGGCAAGCGCAAGCUGAACCGCUCCGACACCGAGGUACGGCGGGAACGCGACCGGGAGGUGAAAUCGUUGCAUCUGGUGCUGCAGCAGCUGAAGCUGGACAACGACAGCCUGAAGAAACAGCUCACGGACAAUGAGAAGACGGCGGAAAGCAAUCGAAUGAAAGUACGGCAAGAUAAUGAGAUGCUGAAGAACUACCUGAAGGCGGCCCAGGACGACAUCACGACGCUGCUGGACGAAAAGCGCACCCUGAUGGCGACGAUCAAAUCGUUGCAGGAUCAGCUCACCUCGCUGAGUGACGUCCAGCUGGGGCAGCAGGAUGGCAAAAGAUAGCACAACUGUAUGGACUGUAUACAGUGCUGCGGUGAAAAUCCAUUCUAAAGCGAUGGAAGCGUUUCCCCCGGUCGGUUUAUGUUUAUGAAAGCGCGUACGAUCGGCACACAGCACCAUCACCAGCUGCCAAUGGCGCACGCUUUUGAAAACAAGCAAAACCCGGGGGAAAAGUGGUGGUGGUAUAGGGCAAUUGGUGGACUUUUAGUCAGAAGAGUUUGAUCGAAAGGCAACGGAGAUUUGUUUUGGGAGAGUUUACCAUCUUUUCCACACGUGUUCCAACUGUAGGCGUUCCGCAAUGGGCUGUAUUGGUCUUGUAAUUUUUAAAAUGUUAUGUUUUAUUGUUCUCUUUAUUUUGUUGAUAAUUUUUAGGCAUGAAAUUUUAUUCUAUCAAGAACUGCAGCUGUGAAGUGAACCGUGAAGAUACACAAAAAAAUGAAAAUGAAGAAAAGUAGCUAAAAGUUGAAUUCGAAACAGAGAGAGAAAGAGAAAGAUAAAGGUAACAAAACAUGUGUGCCGUGCCAGAGAUAGUCCGCAUCAUACUUUUACCCCACCGGCAUGUAGCAUGUAUGAGUAAACAGUCUAACGAGCAAGCUUGUACAAGGCGAACAAGCGAAUUGAUCCAUUCUACGUCUUACAGGGGUUUUCCAGGAGUUUUCAUAGCUGUGGGACACUUUUUUUACUCUUUCGCACGUGAUAUGAAUUUGAAGUAAUGGGAAUUGGACUCUAUAGCACCCCUGUUGGGGCAAAACCAAUAGGAAUUUUCAAGGAGUCUGUUCAAAAAAGGAACCAUAGAAUCCAAUUGCCAUCAUAUGAAGUUCACUUCCAAUAGGAAAGAGUAAAGGAAGUGUCCGACAGCUAUGAGAACGCCUGGAGAACCCUGUAAGGUAAUCGUCCUAAAAAGUAUUCAGUUGGAAAAUGGUUGUUUUUUGUUUCUAUACCUUUGGUUGUUUUAUUUUUAUACUAAUCCGCUAGAAAUGUACUUUUUCAAGUUUUGCCAUUAUUCGUAAUUAGUUUUAAAAAAAACGGUUAAACCAAAAUGUGAAGGGGCAAGUACGGUAACGAAAAAUUGUGUGGAGAAUGCACAAGAAUAAAAACACACACACUCGCUCUAGCAAUAAACAAAGAAAAGCACUCGAUAAAGACAGAUCGAUAAAGAGAAAGAGAGUGAGAGAGCGCGGGAAACCCGAUGUGAAGUUAAACUCUAAUCGUUGUGUUAAUUAUACACCCAUUCCUUCCAAAAAACAAAAGAACCACGUUGUGAAUAGCAAUUGCUGCACUAAACUGCACACUCUGUGUGUGUUGGCUACACAUUCUUCGUUACAUGCGCAUGUAUCGCGAGUUGUACAUUAUUCUAAAAACCAAUUCCUAAGCCGCCCCAAGCCAAGAUGAUUCUGUGUGUGUGUGUGAUAUUAAGUUUACCCGCGUGCGCUUCUGUUCUGCUCGGCUCGCUGUGUCGCGUGUGUGUUCUGUAAUUUAGCAACAAAAAAGAGUAAAACAACAAACAAACGAGCAAGCUGGUUAAGCGGAAAAGCUAUCGAGCGUGGGGUUUAAGAAGAGGAGGAGGAGGAAGAAGAAGAGGAAAACGAAGCAUCUUAUUAAAGUUAACCAUUCCCGUAAUGAUCACGAAGAGAAGAUACGGCAACAGGAGAACAGUCAGCAGCAUGAAACAGAUAUACACAUAUAUUUAGGAUAGGAAUUCGCAAUACACAACCACUACCACACAUAAGGAGGGGGGUGUAUAGGUAGGGGGUGGUAUAUUCUAGGCAUAGUAAUGUUGUUCCGUUGCGUUCGGUUACAUGUUCAUACAGCCGGUAGGGUACGGAUUAACAAAAAAAAAAAACAUUGCACUAGUGUGUUAAGCGGUGUGCAACCAUUCCCAGAAGCAACGUAACGUUCGGUUUUAGUUUAGUUACCUCUUACUCCUCGUACACGUGAUACACGAUCAACCCAAUCCUCCGUAGUUAGUUUGUUGUACAAAAGCAAAAGAAACGUAUGUAUGUGUGUGUGUGUGUGCGUGCGUGUCUGUGAAACUAUUUUGAAACGAACUCAGCAAAACGCGGGAACGAAUUAUACAACCAAACUUAGACAGACGGACAGACCGAUAGAGGCAGCCUAAACAUUAGAAUAGGAAUAUGAACCAAAUAUAUUAUACACGAUGGUGGUUGGCAUUGGGAGAAGCGUACGGGAAGAAUAGAUAGGUUGCGCGUGGUGGUGCCCUGUCCCAAAUUUCGUCGCACGCGAUGUUGUUCAUUUCGUUUUCUUUCUCAAGAGCGUUUUAAAUACGAAUAUUGCGAAUGGAAUAAUGGCAGGGCUGGAUGGUGUGGCACCGGAUUGAAAGACUUUAACUAAUUGUGCUUAAGGCGCACGUACACUAAGCAGCAACGAUGUCACUACACACACACACACGCACACCGUACACUAACGAUCGUUAGGUUUAAAGGAUUGCAAAGAAACAUGUGAUUGAUGAGACAUUAUAGGCAAAGGGGGCGAUUAAUAUCUGCACCGCCGCCUCUCCCCGAGCUGGUACAGAAGCAACAGAAAAGAAAAACCCCAACCCACAGCACAGCACACCUUCGUCCACCGUAUAAUCCGAACCCACUAACAGGGCACAGGGCGUACGCGCCUGUUUCCCAUAUACCCUUUUUGAAAACUCACACCGACCACACAAAACAUCGGUACACAAACCUAUACACACUGAGAGCGAGAGAGAGAGAUAGCGCAGAAUACGCAGGAGGAAGAGGUGGACGUUCCACGGCACACUGGAAAGGAAAGGUUCUCCCCUCCCCAACAGUCUAACGUGUUACAGAAUAGAAACAUAUUUACCGAUUAUAACAGUUACCUAUCUAUUGGAUUCAAUAAAAACGAAAACACAAGCCACGA